AUGCUGUGGAGACUAUUACUGGCCUCCAUCUUCUAUGCCUGCUCCAUUCUGGCCACCGAGUAUGGCAUCUUAGGUAACAGCAGCGAAAAUAUCAGAGGCCUGGCAGCAGACUACGCCAGUGCCAACAGCAGGUCACUUUUCUGGGGAGCGUAUCGGUCGAAUCUGUAUUUCGGAGUGAAGCCUCGGCUGCCUGAGUCCCUGCUGACGGGUCUGAUGUGGUUCAACGUGGACAGCUACCAGGGAAUUGGCGCUCUGCGCCACGAGUGUCGUCAGGACGACCAAUUGGACACUUUCGGAUGGACCAGAUACGACCCCAGACUCGGGGGCCACGAAGUUGUCAAGGACGCUCAGUUUGGGCUCAAGCUCGAGGCAGAUUUUGUGAAGACGGACGACGGCAACUGGGCGUUGCGUGUGUCUGGAAAACCAAAGAAUAAAGACACCAAAACGUCGGUGGUGUUUUACGCUGGUCUCGAGGGAGAAGGACAGCUGACGUAUGCUGGCGGCGACGACGUGACCGACGGCGAUGUGAAGUUGGUCGGGUACUCAGAGCGGCUUGGUGGGGUGUUUGACCUGGACAUUACGAAAGGCUCGUCUAAGCAGUACGUCCCAGAAGGCGACUAUCGCGGUCUGGGACUCGAUGCGUCAAAAACCAGACACUUGUCUCUGAUGGUUCCUACAGGCAACGUUUGGCGAGCAAAGGAUAUUUUUCUGACGCUUCUGGGAGAAAAGAUCAAGAAGCUACAGGAAACGCUGGACAAGGAGGACAGGGUCCCGCCUGAGCAGCUGUUCCAGAUGAAAAAUAUCGACAAUUUCGAAGGAAACAUGCAUUUUGUGCAGAAAACGUUCCAGGGCAGUUUUGAGUUUGACAUUAUUUUCAACCUGGCAGACAACGAGCCACUGACUGCGGAGCAGCUUCCUGAGAAAAUUACAAAAAUGAACGCAAACUUUGACUCUAAGUUUGCAAGAAACUUCCAGCUUGCUCCUCCGUUUGUCAAGCCCAAGCAUUUCCAGUUUGCAAAAGAGAUGCUCUCACAGCUGCUGGGUGGAAUCAGCUACUUCUACGGCGACCAGCUGGUGGACCGGAACGCCGUGGUGGACGAUAUCGAGUUCAGCCACGCCAACCUCGAAGGCAAGCCGGAGGGACCGUACGAGCUGUUUACUGCCGUCCCGAGCAGACCAUUUUUUCCCCGGGGUUUCUACUGGGAUGAAGGUUUCCACCUGUUGCCGGUUCUGGAGUACGACUCGGACCUGGCGCUCGAGAUUGUCCAGAGCUGGUUUUCUCUGAUUGACGACGACGGCUGGAUUGCCAGGGAGCAGAUCCUGGGCGACGAGGCCAGAAGCAAAGUGCCUCCAGAGUUCACCGUUCAGAAUCCCAACAUCGCGAACCCGCCGACGCUGAUGCUGGUUUUCACCAAGCUGCUGGACCUGGCGAAGCAGGCCCAGGAGGCCGCGAAGUACGGCGUGGACAUCGACUCGUUUGCGGGUCCAUUGCGGCUGGGCGACAUGCACCUGGAAAAUCCAGAGCUGCUCGUGAGCUACGCAAAUAAAAUAUAUCCGCAGCUCCAAAAACAUUACGACUGGUUCCGCAGGACGCAGCGCGGCGAGACAAAACUUUUCGGCAGAACGUGCCGCUCCGCGCUCGACGUGUUCCGCUGGAAAGGCCGCACCAAGGACCAUUGUCUGCCCAGCGGGAUCGACGACUACCCAAGAUCGCCGCCAGACAUAGCAGAGCUGCACAUUGACUUGCUGGCCUGGAUGGGAGCGAUGACGAGGUCGAUGUACAGGAUCGCGUUUCUGCUCGAGAAACACCAAGACGCACAGCAAUACAAAGAGAUAUACGACAACAUCGUCGCCAACAUGGAAGAUCUGCAUUGGAGCAGUAAGGACCGCAGCUACUGCGACGUGACGGUGGACGAAGAGGACGAGGACGUUUUUGAGUGCCAUGUCGGGUACGUCAGCAUCAUGCCUUUUGUGCACCGGCUGGUUCCUGCGUCGUCUGAGCAUCUGAAACACGUUCUGGACCAGCUACAGGACCCUGAGCAGCUGUGGUCGCCGUAUGGCAUCAGAUCGCUGUCCAGAAAAGAUCCAUACUUCCAUCAGGGAGAGGACUACUGGAGAGGCCACAUUUGGGUCAACAUCAACUACCUGGUGCUGGAGAGUCUGCAGUACUAUGCUGCGCAGCCAGAAACGUCUCCAGAGAUCCGCGCUCAGAUGAGCGAUAUAUACGAGUCGCUGCGGAAAAACCUGAUCGGAAAUAUCUACGAGCAGUACCGGAAAACAGGAUACACGUGGGAGCAGUACAACGAGGAGACGGGAGCCGGACAGCGGACACGGCACUUCUCCGGCUGGACGUCGCUGGUGGUGCUGAUGAUGAAGAUGCCGGAGCGUAUAUAA